UGGUCGUGCGCCAUGAGCUUGUGGCGCGAAUUUCGUUUUGGAACAGCCAAAACAAUGCAAAGAUAUGUUUAAAUGUUGCAUGAGAGAUAAAAGAUCAUUUGAAACGUUCGAAAACUGCAUUUUGUUGUGGACAGGUCUUCUAAACGGCCACAUACAUACUCCCAAGUAAUGACCGCAUGCAUGUGCACCGAAAGUCCGUUUGCAUGUGUGUGCCGCGUGUGUGUGUGUGUGUGUGUGUGAGUAAAAGCCUCGUGAAAAUUGAAAUGAAAUUGCAUUGCACCACAAUACUGCUGAUCUGCUUCGAGCACGUGUCCAAGGUGAUUGCCCAGGGCAUGCCCAUCAGUCCCUGCCCAAAGAUCUUUCAGUAUCGAUUCGAUGGCAAUGAAUGGUUCGGUCUGAUCGCGGUGCGAAACCCAGACGUGAGGCAGCCACUCCAGCUACGCGUCACGCUCUCCAUGCGGGGCAAGCCAACAACUAACUAUCUUGGCGAAAUAGAACUGCUGACCCGUGGACAGUUCACUAAGAAUGCGCCAGUCCUCUACAAGAUACGCUUUCCCAAGCAUCAUUUCCCACCCAAGCUGCUGCUCAUCUCGGCCAACAAUCACGUCAUUUGCUUUGGAUCUGGCGAUCACAGCAUAUUCAUGACCCAAAUCCAGCUGGAGCAUACCAGAAAACUAACCUUUAUACCGGACAAGAAGACUUCGCUUCUGUUGGAAGAAGAGGAGACCCUGCCGGCGCCGCAGCCACAGCCACCGCCACCGCACAGCCAGUUCAAGAAAAAGCCCUUUCAUUCGCCCAAGGAGAUCUGUGGCAAAAUCGACAGCACUCUCGACUUUCGGCUGCCACUCAGCUCGAGGCGUUCGGAUGUUAUCACAUCGCCAGUGUUUGCCGACAACGAAGACGCCGACGAUGAUGAGUUUGAGCACCUGUCGGAGGAAGAGCUGCAGGAGCAGGAUACUGUGGAUGGCAGCGCCGUGGGCAGCAGCCUGCCAUCGAUAACGCGCGGCUCAUGGCCCUGGCUGGCGGCCAUCUAUGUGAACAAUCUCACAUCGUUGGAUUUCCAGUGUGGCGGCACGCUUGUCUCGACCCGCGUGGUCAUCAGUUCGGGCCACUGCUUCCGGAUGUUCAACAAGCGUUACACGGCCAACGAGGUGCUGGUCUUUUUGGGGCGCCACAAUCUCAAGAAUUGGAACGAGGAGGGCUCUCUGGCGGCCCCCGUCGAUGGUAUUUAUAUACAUCCGGACUUUAACAGUCAGUUGAGCAGCUACGAUGCGGACAUAGCUGUCAUCCUACUCAAGGAUGAAGUGCGGUUCAACACGUUCAUACGUCCCGCCUGCCUGUGGUCGGGCUCCAGCAAAUCGGAGUACAUUGUGGGAGAGCACGGCAUGGUCAUUGGCUGGAGCUUCGACAGAUCGAAUGCGACACAGCAGCAGCUGCAGCAGCAGCAACAGUCGUCCCAGCAGCAUCUGGGAGAAGGCAUCAAAAAGGCAACCGAUACCAGCAUACCCAAGGUGGUAAAGGCGCCCAUCGUUGCGAAUGGUGUGUGCUUCAAGGCCAAUUCACAUUUUCGCAGCCUCUCGUCGAAUCGCACCUUCUGCGCGGGCAUUCAGCUGGAGUCGAAGGAGUCACAGAGUAGCGGCAGCAGCAGCAGCAGCAGCAGCCUCUACACCGGCAUUUCGGGUGCUGGAUUGUUGAUACUCAAAAACAAUCGCUGGAUGCUGCGUGGCACUGUAUCGGCGGCACUGCCACCCGCCUUGGAAUUGGGUGCCACUGCUGGAUCAACGCACUGUUGUAGCAAUCAAUAUAUUAUCUAUGCAGAUGUGGCAAAGUUUAUUGAUUGGAUCACGGCCUUCAUUAUCUAACAGUCGCCCGCCCAUGUGUGCAGGAUGAAAAAUGUUCGAAUUCGAAAAUAAAUGCUGUGAUAGCCGCCAGUGGCAGGAUGCCCUGCUUUUGCCUGUGCC